AUAUAUAUAUAUAAAUUAAUUAAAUUAAUUCAAAUUAAUUUUGGCCAAAUCAAAAUCUAAACAAAACAACACUUGCCAUUUGGUUUCUGAACAGAUCUCUCUUUCGAUCAUUCCCUUAAAAGCUUCAGCUUAAACCCUAGAUAAUUGAAAUUGCGACUAAAUGUACGCUAUCAAUCUCUAACAACAUCAAAUCUUCACCCACAAAUUUUGUCUCUGCUCGGUUUUCGGUGCAAUGGUGGUCUGCAAAUGCCGAAAGGCUACCAAAUUAUAUUGUUUCGUGCACAAGGUUCCCGUUUGUGGAGAAUGCAUUUGCUUUCCUGAGCACCAAAUAUGUGUAAUUCGUACUUACUCAGAAUGGGUAAUAGAUGGAGAGUAUGAUUGGCCUCAAAAGUGUUGCCAGUGCCAAGCUGUGCUUGAAGAGGGGACCGGCUCUCAAACCACCCGAUUGGGUUGCUUGCAUGUUAUACACACAAGUUGUUUGGCUUCACAUAUCAAAAGCUUUCCUUUGCACACCGCACCAGCUGGAUAUGUGUGUCCAUCAUGUUCUACUUCGAUAUGGCCUCCUAAGAGUGUUAAAGAUUCGGGAUCCCGCCUUCAUUCACUGCUGAAGGAAGCAAUUAUGCAGACUGGGUUGGAAAAGAAUAUGUUUGGGAAUCAUCCAGCUUCUUUGACAGUGACAGAGUUCCGCAGUCCUCCCCCUGCAUUUGCAUCUGAUCCAAUAAUUUCUUCUUCUGGAAGCAGAGAGUAUAAUGCAAGCUCAUCAACCUCUGUGGCAAAAGAUGGAAUAAAUGUAACUGAAGGAUACGUGGCACCAACUUCUGUGUCAGAAAUUAUGGAGAUAGAGAGUCCUAGCUCAACAGGGAAUUUUAUCAAAAGUUCUAGUCCUCCUGGUCCAGGGGCUACAACACGAAAGGUUACUGCCCAUUUUGAGCGACAGAACUCUGAAAUUUCAUAUUUUGCAGAUGAUGAAGAUGGGAAUAUUAAGAAGUAUUCACGGAGGGGCCCCCUCCGUCAUAAGUUUCUCAGAGCAUUGCUGCCUUUCUGGUCAAGUGCAUUACCAACUUUACCAGUGACUGCUCCUCCACGUAAAGAUGCAUCAAAUGCAGAUGAUGUCCCAGAAGGUCGUUCGCGGCAUCAAAGAGCCUCAAGGACUGAUCCAAGGAAAAUCCUGCUCUUAAUAGCAAUCAUGGCAUGCAUGGCUACAAUGGGGAUUCUAUAUUACAGACUUGCGCAACGGGCUCUAGGGGAAGGGCUGCCCGAUGAUGAGCAGCAGUGAUUAUAAUUUAAGGUUGCAGUGGAAUAUACAUGAACCACCUGCUGGUUAUUGA